UUGAAUUUAUAUUGUUGCAAUAUUUUUAUAUAUAUCCCUUACAACUGUCAGGCAAGUACAGGUAUGCAUUAACAAAGAAUGCACACUUGUAGGUUUCUCUCUGCCAAAUGGCUGCAGAUGAUAUACGUAAGGUGGUAACUUUGGUCUUUUUUCAGCCAUGGAGUAUGAUGUUGUUUCAGUUGAAAGACUGAAGUACAUGAUGUUAGCACAAAUUUGCAAUAUUUUUUCUGACUACAAGAUACGGCUGUAAUGAUAUAUUUGUUGAAACACGUUGAAUAAAAGGUAUUACUAACAAAUCUUAUGUCUUUCAGCUACUUUUCACUACCAGGCCCUCUGUGAACAAAGCGAAAAAACAUCCCAAAUUUUAUUGCAGAUCUGCUUUUCCACUAAGGAAGCAUCAGAGCAUGAUUGUGGUAUUUGAGUGUCUGAAAGAUUUAAGGGGGAAGGACUAUUUAACUAUCUGAAAAUUAUAUUUUACUUAUUUUUAUUCUUUCUAGUAGUAAUGCCAGACGAAGUACCUAUUCUGUAUGUUCAGUCUGUGGAAUAGGGAUAAAAGCUGGCACAUGCUAUUGGACUAGAAGACCUUUAUUCUGUUGUAGAGUAGAACAGCUCUCUUUGCAGUGUUCCAGACUAAAUACCUGGGAGAAGACGGUAGCUUGAGAAGGAGAAGUUCUGAUUCAUUUAUUUUAGGCCAUGCUUUGUUUCUCUUGAUAGUUAAAAAACAAUUGCUGUUUCUAUUACUCCAGACAUAACCUUGAAGACUUAACAUCUGUGUCCAAUUAAAAAGCAGUGUUUUCCUACAAAAAGGUGAUCCAAGUUGUGCUGAUUGGCCAUGUAUAAUGCUACAUAUAUAUCUGACGAUAAUUCUGAUGAUGAAAUCCCUACCCAGCAAGCUAUUCAGGAAAGCUUACAAGAUAUGCAUAAAAAUGAAACAAGUGCCAAUGCAACAGAGGGUGAAAGUUUCCAGUUUGUUGCCAGUAAAGAACAUGGAAUGAUAAUUGCAGCAAUUCGGACAGUUAAUAUCACAGGCCAAGAAGAGGUUUUGAAGAAGCUGGUGAGGCACAGUUCUGCUUUUGAGGAACCAGAUCAGCAAGGCUGGCUUCCCGUGCAUGAAGCUGCAUCACAGCUAAAUAUGAACAUCCUUGAAAUAACGUUCAAAGCCUCCCGUGCCAUUACGUGGGAACAGACCACACUAAAAGGGGAAACACCUCUCUUGGUGGCAGUAAGAAAUUGCUUUGCAGACAAUGUCUGCUUUCUCCGGUUCAAUGGCUGCAAUCCCAAUGUGAAGGGAGAUUCUCCUUUAGUUGUAGGUGCUGAUGUUCUUUCACAGGCAAUGGACUGUUCUUCUGUAUUAUUUGAAGCAGCAGGAGGAGGAAAUCCAGAUUCCCUGAGUCUUUUACUAGAAUAUGGGGUUGAUGCCUAUGUACCAAAGCACUCACGUCAUUUGCCAAUCCAAAGAGCUGCAUACAGAGGACACUUUCUUGCCUUAAAGAAUUUAGUUCCAGUUACUAACUUUGAUGCCAUUAAAGAAAGUGGAAUAAGUCCGAUUCAAUCAGCAGCAGCAGGAGCAUAUCCUCAGUGCCUUGAGUUUCUUCUCAAAUCUGGGUUUGAUGCCAAUUUUAUGUUAGAUCAAAGAAUUCGCAAAGGCUACGAUGACUGCCGGAAAUCAGCGUUAUACUUUGCUGUUUCAAAUGUGGAUAUCUGUUCAACACAGCUGCUGCUGAAUGCUGGAGCCUUGCCAAACCAAGAUCCCAUCAGCUGUCUGCAAAUCGCCUUGAGAAUAGGCAACUAUGAGUUAAUGAAUCUACUGCUCCAACAUGGGGCUAAUGUCAAUUACUUCUGCAGAGUGAAUACAACACAUUUUCCAUCAGCUCUACAGUAUGCUCUGAAAGACGAAGUCAUGUUGAGAAUGCUGAUGAACUACGGCUAUGAUGUGCACCUCUGCUUUGAUUGCCCUCGAGGAAAUGCUUCCCAUUUGCAGUACGUGCCUGAUGGAUGGACUUCUACUGCUAUCAAAGAUACAAUGUUCUGUGAAGUGAUAACCUUGUCAUGGCUGAAGCAUCUUUCUGUGAAAGUGGUGGGAGUAAUGUUAGAUUAUGUCAAUCACAUUAACAUCUGCUGGAAGCUAGAAGCAGUUCUCAAAGAACAGGAACUCUGGGCAGACAUCAAUUCAAUUUUAAGUAAGUAUCCGAUAUUUAGAUGUAAAUGA